AUGGGUCACCCAGCGGGUCUUCGCGCGGGAACGCGCUAUGCGUUCAGCAGAAACUUCCGUGAGAAGGGUAUGAUCAAGCUCUCCACGUACCUUCGCCAGUACAGAGUCGGAGAUAUCGUCGACAUCAAGACCAACGGUGCCGUCCAGAAGGGUAUGCCUCACAAGGUCUACCACGGCAAGACCGGUGUCAUCUACAACGUCACCAAGUCCGCCGUCGGUAUCAUCAUCUACAAGAAGGUGAAGCACCGCUACAUCGAGAAGCGCAUCAACAUCCGCGUCGAGCACAUCUCCCCCUCCCGUUCGAGAGACGACUUCAUCCGCCGUGUCAAGGAGAACGCCGCCCUGAAGAAGAAGGCCCAGGCCGAGGGCAAGGCCCUCACCCUCAAGCGCCUCCCCCUCAUGCCCCGUGAGGCCCGCACCGUCGACUUCAAGGAGAACAAGCCCCAGACGGUCACCCCUCUCCCCUACGAGACGACGAUUUAG